CCACAACCUCAACUAAUCUCUCUAAAUCAGAAUGUGGAACAACGACAACCACCAAGGCCACGAUGCACCCCCAGCCUUUCCAUCGUUCCCGAGCCCCGGUGGCUUCGCGCCUCCUCCAGGGCCCCUGCCUGCUCCAGGGUACAACCCAGGUUACGCUCCGGCAUACGGUCCUCCCAGCGGGUACCAGGGCCCACCACCUCCAGCUGGAUUCGCACCGCCCCCUGGACCUCCGCCCGCUGGGUACGGCUUCCCACAAGGCCCCCCGCAAGGCGGAUACACUCCGCCUCCAGGUCCUCCUCCCCAGCCAGCAACUCGCGGCUUCCCAGGCGCUCAAUGGAGACAGAACAACCAACCGCCUCCACCUCCCCCGUCUCACCAAGCCGGUUAUCAACCUAGCUAUGCUGCCCCGCACAUGCCACCCAGCCAAGUCCAACAUUACGGACCUCACUCGCAGACACCCGGAGGCAGAGAUGUGCAACCCUACUUCCAAUACUCGCAGUGUACUGGAAAGAAGAAGGCUUUGCUGAUCGGAAUCAACUACAUCGGCCAAAGUGGUGAACUUCGGGGGUGCAUCAACGAUGUUAAGAAUAUCAAGCGCUUCCUUACUGACCAGUGGGGUUACAAGGAGGGCGACAUCGUUACUUUAACCGAUGACGAGUCAAACCCCCGUAUGAGGCCCACCGCUUCCAACAUACGUCAAGCGAUGAAAUGGCUGGUCGCAGGAGCUCAACCAAACGAUGCCCUCUUCUUCCACUUCUCUGGACACGGAGGUCAAACCAAGGAUAGAGAUGGAGAUGAAGCUGAUGGCUAUGACGAAGUUAUCUACCCCGUCGACUUCGAAUCCAAUGGACAUAUCGUCGACGAUGAGAUCCACGACAUCAUGGUUAAGCCCCUGCCUGCAGGUUGCCGGUUGACCGCCAUCUUCGACUCUUGUCACUCUGGUUCAGCCCUUGAUCUUCCUUACAUCUAUUCGACCGAAGGUAAAAUCAAGGAACCCAACCUUGCUGCUGAAGCAGGCCAAGGCCUCCUAUCCGCUGUGACCUCCUAUGCUCGUGGUGACAUGGGUGGCGUCUUCAAAUCCGCGAUGGGCUUGGUUAAGACUGCUACCGGAAGCUCCCAGAAGGCGGACAAAAUUGCCAAAGCAACUCGCACCAGUCCUGCAGACGUCAUCUCGUUUAGCGGCUGCAAGGAUUCACAGACUAGUGCUGAUACCCAAGAAGCAGGCCAGGCCACUGGUGCAAUGAGCUACGCCUUCAUUUCUGCUCUGACUGCCAAACACCAACAGAGUUACCAAGAGCUUCUGGUCAAUGUACGAGAAAUUCUUCGUUCAAAGUACAGUCAGAAGCCUCAGCUCUCCAGCUCGCAUCCGAUGGAUACGUCCAUUCUAUUCAUCUGCUAGAAAAGGCCACUGUAUCCCUUUCUCUUUGUUGCUUGUUGUCGAUAUCGCUCUCGGACCUUCCUCUGCAGAAUGAAUAAUCCUGUAUAUAUCCGCUAUGUAGAUAACUCGAAUCUAUUGACCUAACCGUCUUGAGAAAAUGAAA